UCACGAAAUAGCUUUCGGAAAGAAAGUCCUUUUUCUAAUCGAUAUUUCGGCAAGUUUAUUGAUAUGAUAACUGCAUUAUUGAGCCAUUACUUCAUCCUCCAUUUGUUGCUAUAUAAGGAAAAGUUGUCCUGGCUCCGUGAAGUCAUACCAAAGAAAGGAAAA